GACACACAUGUUUCAGAGGCUGGAAAGGCAUUUUUCUCACAGUUAAAACAAAGUCACACACUCAGCUUCUUUGGAGAUUGAGAAUCAGCUCCACGCUGAGGACAAGGUGAACCUGGCAGAGAGAGAACCCAGAAGGCCUAGCUGGUCCCUAAGCACCACAACCCACGUGAACAUGGCCGUCCAUCUACCCAGCUCCCUGAGGAUCGUUCUCAUCGGGAAAACUGGCAGUGGGAAAAGUGCCACAGGGAACACCAUCCUCGGGGAGAAAGUAUUUGAUUCUAAAAUCGCUUCCUAUUCUGUCACCAAGACCUGCCAGAAAGGGUCCCGGGAAUGGAAGGGGAGGGAGCUCCUGGUGGUGGACACCCCAGGGUUCUUUGACACCAAGGACAAACUGGACACCACCUGCAGAGAGAUCAGCCAGUGCGUCCUGUCCUCCAGCCCCGGACCUCACGCCAUCCUCAUGGUCAUGCAGCUGAACCGCUACACGGAGGAGGAGCAGAAAACGGUGGCGCUCAUCAAGGGUCUCUUUGGGAGGUCUGUCAUGAAGCACAUGAUCAUCCUCUUCACGCGCAAGGAUGACUUGGAAGACAGGAGCCUAAGUGACUUCAUCACAGAGGCAGACGUGAACCUGAAAAUCAUCAUCAAGGAGUGUUCGGACCGCUGCUGCGCCUUCAACAACAGGGCAGAGGCGCAGGAGAAGGAGGCGCAGGUGCAGGAGCUGCUGGGGCUGAUAGAGAGGAUGGUGCAGAAUAACGGAGGGACCUACUUCACGGAUGACAUCUACCGGGAUGUGGAGGAGAGGCUGAGGAAGGAGACCGAGGGCCUGAAGAAAAACUACACUGAGCAGCUGGAAGAUAAAAUGAGAUUGGUGGAAGUGGCGUACGCAGACAAGCCGCAGGAGGGGAAGGAGGAGCAUUUGAAGCAGCUGAUGGAGGAGCACGAGGAGAACAUAAAGCACCUCAGGGAGGAAGCCGAGAAGAGCGUCUCUGGAGAUGUCUUUAGCGUGAUUAAGAAGAUUCUCCUGAAAAUAUGGAGCGUGCUUUGGGGGUGAUGUCCAUUUCAGGUUUGCUUCUGAAUCUACUCGGAUCUUGCUGGAGAGGAAGAAUGUUCUUCUUUUUAUUUCUUUCUUCCAAGUAUGGCUAUAACAAUAUCUUCUGUCCUGCAUGAUCUCAUAGUCUAACCUGAACACAUUCUCUUGAUUUGUGGGCACCGUUUCCCAUACUUGAACGUAAGAUGAAUGCUAGUCCUUGGAAAGAACAGAGGGUUGAGGCUACAGGGUGAUUUCCUUGGUUACGUGGGGACGGAGGGGAGGGUCCUCCCUGUGCUCUUGGUUGACUUCCCUUGGAACCCGUCCACUACCACCUGGUGAAGAAGCCCAAUGUGUCCAUAAGGAGACCUACGUCAAAGGGGCCGGGCGGUGGUGCACCUUGUUCAGCUGCACAUAGUGUUAAGUGCAAGGACUCGUGCUAAGACCUGGGUUCAAACCCUGGCUCCCAACCUGCAGGGGGAACACUUCACAAGUUGUGAAGCAGGUCUGCAGGUGUGUCUCUCUUUUUCCCUCUCUACUUCCCCUUCCUCUCUCAAUUUCUCUCUAUCCUGUCCAAUAGAUACAUUUUUAAUGAAAACGCGGCCACCUGGAGCAGUAGAUUCAUGGUGUGCACACCUCACAGAUAACCCUGGAGGGACAGAGAGAGACAGAGAGAGACAGAGAGAGAGAGAGAGAGAGAGAAAUUUAUCAACCGUCAAGUAAACAACAGGCAAGUAGAUUCUCUAGCUGUCAGUCAAGCCACCUCAGAAAGAGAAGCCAUGUCAGUGAAACAAGGAAGGACGGAUGUGAAGGACAACUACAAGACUGUAUCACGCACAGUGGAAUACAGAGAAUUGAAGCACAUGGACUUGCAAAAAAAAUAAUAAAAGAGCCUAGCACUAGCACCCUGGGAGAGCCCCUGUGAAG